GGCUGUGCAUAAAGAUCAGCAGAGUAGUGGUUUUGGCGUUCACUGCACUACAGGGGCAAGGCGAAACAGCCAGGAGCAGCUACCAUUUUCUACUGGACCUGUCUGAAUGCAUGACUGAGAGCUGCUGGUCAAUAGUUCUUGGCCAAAUGAGAGAAUGCUAUCAGGUCUGGCUCUUCUGCUGCUUGUCUGCCUCCUUCACAUGUUUGUGACUGCGCAGGGGAACCCGUGGUCACAGAGUCUUGGCUGUGAUGAGUACCUGGGCUCAGGCAAGGUGAUGGACAAGUGUGGGGUGUGUGGCGGGGACAACACGGCCUGUAAGCUGGUGUCAGGGCUCUUCCAGCAGCACAGCCUGAACAAGGUGGGCUACCACAAGAUAGUGGAGAUCCCAGAGGGAGCCACCAAGAUCAACGUCACCGAGACGGUGAAGAGCAGGAAUUACCUGGCUCUGAAAAGCCGCUCAGGUCGCUCCAUCAUCAAUGGGAACUGGGCCAUUGACCGGCCAGGGAAGUAUGAGGGGGUGGGCACCAUGUUCACCUACCGACGACCCAAUGAGGUCACCAGCACCGCCGGGGAGUCCUUCCUGGCUGAGGGGCCAACCAAUGAGAUCCUGGAUGUUUAUGUGAUCUACCAGCAGCCCAACCCAGGAGUGAGCUAUGAAUUCAUCCUUCCCUCUGACAACCCUCCACAGCACCCCGACCACAGACCUGGAGGGAACACUCUGUAUGGGCAAAGUGGGAAUGAUCACCGGGGCAACCCCAACCAGGAUGGGUACGAUCCAGCAGGAGGGGGCAAGUACCCUCCCCAGGUACCCAACAACCAGGUGCCAGCAGUCCAGCCACCCAGACGUCAGAGAGAAUACAACUGGAAACUGUCUGGGGCAACAGAAUGUAGCGCCUCCUGUGGCAGAGGUAGCAGGUACACCAUCUUCCGCUGUGUCCACAGACUGAGCCAUGAGCAGGUACCAGAGAACCAGUGUGACAGCAGCACCAGGCCCAGUUCACAGGAAGAGCCCUGCAACCUUCAGUCCUGCCCUGCCUUCUGGGACAUUGGUGAGUGGUCGGAGUGCAGUAAGACAUGUGGCCUGGGUAUGCAGCACCGCCAGGUCUUGUGCAGGCAGGUGUAUGCCAACCGGACCCUCAACGUCCACACCAGCCGCUGCCGCCACCUGGAGCAGCCUGAGACCACCAGCACCUGCCAGCUGAAAAUCUGCAGCGAGUGGCAGAUACGAACCGAGUGGAGUGCAUGCUCUGUUCCCUGUGGCGUGGGCCAGAGGACCAGGGAGGUACACUGUGUCAGCAACGUGGGAGACUUUGUGUCGGACGAGGAGUGCAACAUGAAGCUGCGACCCAGUGACAAUGAGAACUGUGACAUGGGGCCCUGUGCUAAAAGUUGGUUCUUCACUGAGUGGGGGAAUAAGUGUUCUGCUGAGUGUGGGAUGGGUGUGCGGACCCGUGGCGUACUGUGCUUGACCAAUCACAUCAGCAGCUUGCCUCUGGAGGGCUGUGGCCAUGAGCGCCCCACUGACUCUCAGAUCUGUAAUCACGGCCCCUGUGAGAGUCGCAUCGAGUGGUUUACAGCUCCCUGGAGUCAGUGCUCAACGGAGUGUGGCUCGGGCAGCCAGCAGAGGGCAGUGGUGUGUCUGAUGAAGUCUGACGAGGGGUUCAACGUAAUGCCGCCUUACGAAUGUUCUUCUCUAGACAAGCCUCUUAAUCAGCAGAGCUGCCACCUAAAGUCCUGCGGGGCCAUGUGGUACCACACAGACUGGAGCGCUUGUUCUAAGACAUGUGAGGGGGGCUUCCGUGUGAGGGAGGUGCGCUGUCUGUCUGAUGACAUGCUUUCCAGUGAGGGCUGUGAGGAGGAGCUGAAACCAGUGGAGAGAGAGGAGUGCAACCCAGAGCCCUGCGUCCCACACAUAGGCGAGAACUGUCGAGACAAGUAUUUCAACUGCAAUGUGGUGGUCCAGGCACGUCUCUGUGUGUACGACUACUACAAGACAACCUGCUGUGCCUCCUGCACACGAGUGGCCCACAGACAGUCACAACACAGGGCAAUCAGCUAGCCCCCUCUCCCCAGGCCUCUAGGGGGCCUGACACAGCACCCAGAGCAGGCCCUCAGUCCCUGGGCCAAACACACUGACCCACAGUGGAGAGGACAGCCUAGAACCUGACUCUGGGUGGACACUGACUGGACACUAUAAUAUGAGUGCUGAAAAUACAGACUGAAAAACUGAAAGACUGCAAAGAAAGGAAGUGAAAGCCCAACUUGUUUUUGGCUUGUGAGGAGAUUGCCAAUGGGCAAUACGUGAAACUGAAUGGUUUGUGGAGGAUGGUUUUGAAGGACACGUUUAACAGGGCUAUGAGUGGAGGAGCUCUGGUGAGGCGAGAUGAUAGACAGAACACCAAACCGAAGAAUCUGGAACCACUUUAUGAACUGUAACCAGAAUCCCCUCCAAUAAAAGUUCCCGUCUGGGUUUAUAUUGUGUUUCGUGGGAAGCAGUUUGCCGCUGCCAUUCACCUGAAUGGAUUAAGGUCUUGAAAAAGGUCUUUGGCUGAAACGUUGACAGAAUAAACAAGGUGCAGAGGUAA